AUGGAAUUGAUGCCUUUUAAAAAUCUACUGGGGCUACCACCUGUUUCUGGAAUCAACUCGAUAGCAAAUGAGUACUCAAAAGUCGGCAGCUUCGACGUGAACAUCACACUCUGGCAAUUUCUACUUGAGCUGCUCAUGGAUCAUAAAAAUUCCAGUCAUCUGAUUUCCUGGACGUCAAAAGAAGGAGAAUUCAAGCUUCACCGCUCGGAAGAAGUGGCUCGAUUAUGGGGAAUGCGCAAAAACAAGACAAACAUGAAUUACGACAAGCUUUCCCGAGCACUACGUUACUAUUAUGAUAAGAACAUCAUCAAGAAAGUCAACGGGCAGAAGUUUGUCUACAAAUUCGUUCAAUUUCCAGAGCACUUUGAUACAGCAGAAAUAAAAAUCACCAACUCGCCGUCAGUUUCAUCAACGGAGGCUACUCCACCAUCAGUUUCAACGUCGCCUAAACCAACUAUCAACCCUCGAAAACGACGAAUAUUCGAUGAACCGUCAACACCACCACCCUCUUCGCAUCGAGCCAAUUCCUUAGCUGCUCUUCUUUCUGAAUCUAUUGCUGCUCAAAACUCAGCGGCCAUCGCCGCGGCUUCACUCGCUGCAGCAUCCGCAAAUUUAGGAGCCUGUCCAGCUUCUACUCCGAAUUUCGGCACUCCUGCCCCUGCUGCUCCAGGAUUUAAGCUGGGCGGUGACGGAGCAGCCCGCGCCGCUUUCCAUCCGGCCAAGGCGAUCUCUCCUUCCCACACUGGCCCACCACCCAUGCCGAGCCUCUUAUCACCCCUCUUCCCGAAUUUCAAUCAGAUCGCCACUUAUCAGUAUCUCCUGUUGCAGCAACAAGGUCUUACGCGGAAUAUCUUCUCACUGCCGCCACUACGCCCAACUUUUCCUAUUCCGAGCUCGACGCCAAAGGUAACAUUACCAAGCAUGCUAUCCAUUGUUACACCGACUGGAGCUCCUUCCACACCAACAGGCGUGCCCUCUGAGACAGGUGCAACUGAGUGCUGCGUGACCGUCGUUGAUGAUGAUUCCAACAGUGACGAGUCGCCACUACCAUCAAAAAUCAGGCGCAUCGAGGACAAAUCACCAACUGCUCCAUCCUCUCCCAAGAAGAUUGAACAGGAGACAAAUGAGGAGCAGCCACUAGAUUUGACAAAAAAGACUUCAAAAGUUUCAGACGAGUAA